UCUGCGCCGGAAGCCCUGCGGUCCCGCUUCCUGGUUCGUGCGCAGCUUUCGUUCCCUUGCGAUCUCGACCCUGGUCUCGCGCCUGCAGCUGCCGCAUUCUUCCGAGAAUCAACGGUCCCGUCUCCUGUUUUCCUGAUUCUGCCCUGACCUUACUCGUAUCUCCACCGAGGACCGCGGACUUCAUUUCCGCCACCACCUCAAUACUUCCGGGACCUCCGGAAGCGGCCCGUUGCCAUGGCGACCGUGUACACAACCUGACAGCUGCGCGCGCGGGUUUUCCUUCGCAGCAGUUGCAGUGGUGGUGCGGCGGCGGGGCUGCUGCCUCCGGAGCGUAGUGACCGAAGACGGACCCACAUGUGGAGAUUCAGCACCCCUCUGACUUCCAGCCAUGACCAUCACCACCACGCACCGUUUCUUGGGCACCUGCCCCGUGCUGGGUACUGUUGUGGACAUUGAGGGGGGAUUCAGAUAAAAGGCGCAGCCCUGUCCCCCAGCAGCUUGUCGUGUAAUCUGGGAGCCGAAACCCGCUCAGAUGAUGUGGCGUAAGAACGGUAACAAGCAUCGUUUCACUAGAAUGAGCACCAGGAAAAAAGUGCACGCGUUUGUCCGUGUCAGACCCACCGACGACUUUGCUCAUGACAUGAUCAGAUACGGCGAUGACAACAAAACCAUCGAUAUUCACUUAAAAAAAGACACUCGGAGAGGCGUUGUCAAUAACCAGCAGACGGACUGGUCCUUCAAGCUGGACGGCGUGCUCCACGAUGCCUCCCAGGACCUGGUCUACGAGACCGUCGCCAAGGACGUGGUGGCUCAGGCCCUCGACGGCUAUAACGGCACCAUCAUGUGCUAUGGGCAGACGGGAGCCGGCAAGACUUACACCAUGACGGGGACCACGGAGAACUACAAGCAUCGAGGGAUCCUGCCCCGGGCUCUGCAGCAGGUGUUCAGGAUGAUCGAGGAGCGCCCCACGCACGCCAUCACCGUGCGCGUCUCCUACCUGGAGAUCUACAACGAGAGCCUGUUCGACCUCCUGUCCACGCUGCCCUACGUGGGGCCCUCCGCCACGCCCGUGGCCAUCGUGGAAAACCCGCACGGGGUCUUCAUCAAGGGCCUGUCGGUCCACCUCACCAGUCAGGAGGAGGACGCCUUCAGCCUCCUCUUUGAGGGGGAAACCAACAGGAUCAUCGCCUCCCACACGAUGAACAAGAACUCGUCCAGGUCGCACUGCAUCUUCACCAUCUACGUGGAGGCCCACUCACGGACCUUAUCGGAUGAAAAGUACAUCACUUCCAAAAUUAAUCUGGUGGAUCUAGCCGGCUCGGAAAGGCUGGGGAAGUCUGGGUCCGAGGGCCGCGUGCUGAGGGAGGCCACCUACAUCAACAAGUCGCUGUCCUUCCUGGAGCAGGCCAUCAUCGCCCUCGGGGACCAGCGGCGGGACCACAUCCCCUUCCGGCAGUGCAAGCUCACCCACGCCCUGAAGGACUCCCUAGGGGGGAACUGCAACAUGGUGCUCGUGACCAACGUCUACGGGGAAGCCGCCCAGCUGGACGAGACGCUGUCCUCGCUGCGGUUCGCGAGCAGGAUGAAGCUGGUCACCACGGAGCCUGCCGUCAAUGAGAAGUACGACGCGGAGCGGAUGGUCAAGAACCUGGAGAAGGAGCUGGCGCUGCUCAAGCAGGAGCUGGCCAUCCAUGACAGCCUGGCCAACCGCUCCCACGUGAACUACGACCCCAUGGACGAGAUCCAGAUUGCCGAGAUCCACUCCCAGGUGCGGCGGUACCUGGACGGGGCGCUGGACGAGAUCGAUGUCAUUAACCUCAGGCAGAUCCAGGAGGUGUUCAACCAGUUCCGGGUGGUUCUGAUCCAACAGGAGCAGGAAGUGGAGUCCGCGCUGCGCAGGAAGUACACCCUCAUAGACAAGAACGACUUUGCAGCCAUUUCUGCCGUCCAGAAGGCAGGGCUUAUGGAUGCCGAUGGCCACCUGGUGGGUGAGUCUGACGGACAGGGCUUCGGACUGGGGGUUGCCUCUUACUCCAGCAAACCCGGGAAGAAGUCCAGGUCCAGGCGGACGUGGAGGGAGCAGUUCAGCUCCGCGGCCAGAAAGGACGGUGGCAGCAGCCCCGUGAGCGGCAAGGAUGCGGAUGUCUCCACCUCCAAGACCCAGCUGACCCCCCUCUCCAAGGAGGGGGACGUCAAGGACAUGAUCCUGCGGGACCGGGAGACCUCCAACAUCGAAACCCUGCCCUCGGACUCCCCCAAGGAGGAGCCCCGCCCGCCCAGGCCCAGCACCCCACCCUCCAAGCCUGUGGCCUUUGAGGACUUUAAGAACGAGCGAGGCAGUGAGAUCAACCGCAUCUUCAAAGAAAACAAGUCCAUCUUGAACGAGCGGAGGAAAAGGGCCAGUGAGACCACCCAGCGCAUCAAUGCCAUCAAGAGGGAGAUCGACGUGACCAAGGAGGGAUUAAACGCGCAGAAGUCCCUGCGGGAGAAGCAAGGCGAGUAUGAGAAGGAGGGGCUGAUCAUCAUCGAUGAGGAGGAAUUCCUGCUGAUCCUGAAGCUCAAAGACCUCAAGAAGCAGUACCGUGCGGAGUACCAGGACCUGCGCGACCUGAGGGCCGAGAUCCAGUACUGCCAGCACCUGGUGGACCAGUGUCGCCACCGCCUGCUCACAGAAUUUGAAAUCUGGUACAACGAGUCCUUCUUCAUCCCCGAGGACAUGCAGGUGGCCCUGAAGCCGGGCAGCAGCAUCCGGCCAGGCAUGGUGCCCGUCAGCAGGAUCGUGUCUCUGGGAGAAGACGACCAGGACAAGUUCAGCCAGCUGCAGCAGGACGUGCUGCCCGACGGCCCCGAGUCCAUCUCCUUCUACAACGCCAAGGUCAAGAGGGAACAGAAGCACAGCUACCUGAAAUCCACGAUGGGUCUCCCGAAGGCGCAGAGGAAAUAGGGGCCCCUCGGCAGCGCCCCCUGCCUGCUCCAGUGGAGCUGCCCAGCCACCCGCCCCGUUCCGGCCAGUCUGCUCCAGGCUGGGCCCGCCCGGAGGACACGCAGUGGCCGGCCUGCCAGGAGGGACAUCCCCCAGAGGGUCCUUCCAACCCGACCCUCGCUCAUCUUCCCAGGACACUCCUGGUUUCAGUUCUGUCUCACACGCAGGGACAAGAUAAAACGCUUGUCGUCUGGAAUGUGUGCUUGUUUCCUGUCUGUACAGGUGGGGUCAGAGCGGAGUCUUCAGUAGGAACAAGAGCAAGUAGCCGAGCCAGCUCCGUGGAGGCCUUUGUGC